CCAAAAAACAUGACAGGAAGACACAAUCAAGUGGGGGGUCUUCUUUUUGUGUCAAAUUAGGCAAAACAAAGAAGAAAAGAGGAGACCAUAACUCCAUAAGAGCCCACCCCAUAGCUUCCCCUUUAGGGGGAGAUCCACUUCAAUCUCUCUCUCCAGGGUCCGGAAUCCGGAUGCCUCUAAACCAGACUUCAAAAGUUUGACCUAAAUCAGGCUUUAAAAGUCAAAGAUUGAGAUUCAAAGUCAACAAUUAGGGGCUGCUAAAAAGUUUGAAUCUUUGUAAAUCACAACCGGAUUUUUGGAUUUCUUGUAUAUUCGCCAAGAUUUCAUAUGGCCGUUGCAAGGAGUGAAAACGAAUCGUCUUUUAAACUCUUCAACUGCUACAAAGUCGAGAACUUGACCGAAACCAUACUAGAAACUGACCGAAUCUCGAAUUUUAAAGAUCGAUAUGUUCUUGGAAAACAAUUGGGAUGGGGGCAAUUCGGUAUAAUCAGAGAAUGCUCUGAUAAACUAACGGGAGAGGUAUUAGCUUGUAAGUCAAUCUCCAAAAACCGACUCGUAACUGACGAAGAUGUAAGAAGCAUCAAGCUCGAGAUCGAGAUCAUGACUAGGUUGUCCGGGCAUCCAAACGUUGUCGAUCUCAAAGAUGUUUACGAGGAAGAAGAUUAUGUCCAUCUGGUUAUGGAGUUAUGUGCAGGUGGAGAACUUUUUCAUCAGUUGGAAAAACAGGGUCGGUUUUCUGAAUCUGAUGCGCGAGUUUUGUUCAAGGAUUUAAUGCAAGUAGUGAGGUUUUGUCAUGAUAAAGGCGUUGUUCAUAGAGAUUUAAAGCCGGAAAAUAUUUUAUUAGCAACUAAAGCGUCCUCUUCGCAGAUAAAAUUGGCUGAUUUCGGGCUCGCGACUUACAUUAAUCCAGGUCAAAGCUUACACGGGACCGUCGGGAGUCCGUUUUAUAUAGCUCCAGAGGUGCUGGCGGGCGGUUACAACCAAGCAGCGGAUGUUUGGAGUGCAGGUGUCAUUCUCUAUAUCCUUCUUAGCGGUAAACCACCGUUUUGGGGGAAAACUAAAUCGAGAAUAUUUGAUGCCGUACGAGCUGCGAGUCUGCGAUUCCAGUCAGAUCCCUGGAACGGAAUCUCGGAUUCCGCGAAGGAGUUGAUCAAAGGAAUGCUCUGUACUAAUCCGUCUGUUAGAUUCACCGCUCAACAAGUUCUUGAUCAUACAUGGACUAAUGGUACGAAUCUGGUCCCUGAACCACCGCCGAAUCGUGGAGAAUUUGAAAACGUUGGAAACCCGUCAUCCUCUUUGUUCAUGGACCGGAGUGAUGACAUCAGUUUCGGGCUGGGUUCGCCUCUUAUUUUCGAAACAUUCGGUGGCAAAUCAUCGUUUUCUACAUUCCUUGUGGAGCCAGUCGUGAAUUCUUGUGCGUUUUCUUUCCGUAGCAGUGGUGGGUCAUCCAAUACUACUAUAGACUUCUGCACGCCAAUCGGCCCGAUACACUCGAUGCCAAGCUUCACGUUCUUUGGGCCUGGCCCGGAAACCGAAAACGUGCCUUCUGUUGUAUGCCUACUGGAGCAGGAGACUAGAGAAAGGAAAGAGCAGAAGUUGAGUGAGGUGAAAAGGGGAGGCGGGUCGAGGUUAUCGGGUAAUUAUAACAAGCGGAACCGUACGAUUGGACUAGGAGAGUUUGAGGCGAUGGAUCAGGUGGUUGCGGAGUCGAUUAUUCGUUGGGCGUCGUGCACGCAUCUAUCUACUGCUUUGAGGUCUGAUUUUGUUUGCUGAAAAGUGUGACAAUAAUAGGGUUUGGGUUGGUUGAUGGAAGUAGCUGAAGGUUGACCGUAUUUAUGUUAGUUGACUUCUUACUUGUUUAAAGUAGAGAUGUACAAAGGACUGAGACUAUGAUUUGGGCCCAUUUCAUAUAUUUAAGUCCUUGUGUUAACCGGUUUGUCAGUGUUUUUAUUUCACUCUAAGUCAGGGUGUAUAUGGUUGUGUACUUUUUUGGGCAAUUAGUAGAACUGAUUUAUAUAUGAAAUCGUCUAUUCGGUUUGGUG